AUGGUCUCGACGCUUGCAAUUGGGUCUGUCCUUUCGAUGCUGGUUGUUUCUCUGGCUGCAGAGCUUCCAAAAUCAAAGAGCCUUUUAGCAAGGAUUGUCGGCGGAAAGGAGGCGUUGUUAGGCGAUUUCCCUGCUAUUGUUGCGAUUACCAAUGCUGGUAACUUAACCGGUGGUGGUAUACUACUUAGUGAAAGACUGGUUCUCACUGCAGGGCAUUGUGUUGAUUCUAGGAUACCUCUUAGGAAUCUCAGUAUACAUGUGGGAUCUUUGAACUGGCGGUACGGCGGAAUACAUGUCAAGGUUUCAUCCAGAAAUAUCCAUCCCGAUUACCAUAAGCCUGAAUUUGACAACGAUAUUGCCCUUGUACACUUGGCUUCUCCGAUACCAAAGACCCCAUGGGUAGAUUUCGCUCAACUACCAGCUGCUGGAUCAGAUGUUGCUCCUAAUUCAACAAUUGUAGCAGCAGGAUGGGGGUAUACAGCUGCGAGAGGGGUGCUAAGUGAAAAGCUUCUACAUACUUCAUUCCCUCUUGUUAGUUAUUCUGUUUGCAGUUCUGCAUACAAGCAAUGGAAUAUUACAGUGACAGAAAACAUGUUGUGUGGUGGGACCAAACAAAACGCUGUGUGCAAUGGAGAUAGUGGAGGCCCCUGGUAUGAUGUCGCAACAAAGAAGCUUGUUGGAGUUACGACAUGGGGGUUUGAGUGCUCUUUUCUUGGGCACCCGGGAGUAGCUCUCAAACUUGGUAAUUAUAUCGACUGGAUUGAGAAACAUAGAAAGCCUCCUGGGAAUGAUACUAAGGGCCAAGGAGAAUUUUAG